AUGGUCUAUGCUGUGGAAGCUUUUAAAAUGGGAUUAAGAAAGGAUUCACUCUUCUACGAAGACCUUAUGAUGACCCCAUGCAAAAGAUUGGAUGAAGUUAGGUGUCGGGCAUUGAGGAAGGUCGAAUCCUUGACUCAAAGAUCCUACAAAUCGAAGCCCUAUUCCAAACCGGAUCAUCACAAGGUUAAUUCCAUUGAAGAUGGAGGAGAAGAAGAAAAAGAGCUUCCUAAAAUCACUGACUAUUGUUUUUAUGUGGAUGUUUCAAGUGUAAUUCAUGCUAUGCAAGAUCUUAGAGACAAAGCAAGAUGGCCAAAGAGAAACAAGUCCACCACUUGGAAAGACAAGUCCAAAUGGUGUGCUUACCAUGAAGACUUUGGCCACAUGACGGAGGAAUGCAUAGCCCUUAGAAAAGAAAUCAGCUACCUCCUUAGUAAAGGACAUCUCAAAGAGAUCCUCGGGAGAAAAAGAGAAAAAUCCAAGCAGAACAGCCAAGAUGAUCAUAGGAUCCCAGAGAAACCAGGAUCUCCAACCUAUGACGCUAAGAUAAUUAUUGUUAUCUCUGGUGGAUCUAACAUCUUUGUUACCUCUUACUCUCAGGGUAAAAGACACGCCAAGGUCUUUAAAACAGAAAAGGAGAAUACACCACGGAAGAAUACCAUGAUUAGCAGUGAAAAAGAAAUCACAUUUGACGAGACGGACAUGGAAGAAAUUCAGGAUCCUCGCCAUGACGGACUCGUGAUAACACAUGUGACACUAGGUAGACCAUGGAUCCACGAUAUGAAAGCAGUUCCAUCAACAUACCAUCAGUGUGUGAAGUUGCCCACUCCAUGGGGAACAGUGAAGAUCAUGGGAGAUCAACAUGUGUCGAAAGAAUGCUACAAAACCUCUAUGAAAUUUACGACUAAACCCCAACAAGCAUAG